CUGGCCAGAGAGUGUUGUCCUUUCGAUGAGACUGUCACACCUUUUGCAAACCUCCAGCCUCCCAUCUGCCUGGUGGUUCAGAAUCGGGAGCGAAGCGCGAGUUGAGCUCUGGCCGCAGCAGCAGCUCCUAGUGAGAGCAAAGCCUUUGACCUGCUGGUUGGAAGGGCCGAGGUCCCAUCAUAACUCAGCCGUAGGACAGUGAAUGGGAGCAGCUGAGUGAGACAGAGGACUUGGAAAGGGGGCAGUUUGCUAGACGCUCUUGUCUUCAUGCAGAUUCACGCCAGGUGCUGCCUUCUCUCCUGAAGCGGGGCUCCCAAGAACAGUUCGGCCGCCCUAUAUUUGGAGUGUAAGUCGUUGCCUGAGGGAGCCUGAGCCAUGGCUUGGAAUGAAUUCAGUGUCCUCAGCUGGCUCAGGGAGAGUCGGCAGUCCCGAAAACUAAUUCUGCUUAUUGUUUUCAUUGCAUUACUCCUGGACAACAUGCUGCUUACUGUAGUGGUGCCAAUAAUUCCAAGUUACCUGUACAGCAUUAAACACGAGAAAAAUGAAACAGAAAUCCAGACUAUGAGACCUGAGAUAGCUGCAUCAACUGUGGCCAGUUUUCAAAGCAUCUUCUCCUAUUAUGACAACUCCACAAUGGAUACUGGAAGUCAGUCUGAUAGGACAAGAUCAAGAAAUUUGUAUCACACUCAGACAGAGCAAAUGGUGGUAAAUGUGACUAACGUACCAUCUGAUUGCCCCACGGAAGACAAGGACUUGCUAAAUGAAAAUGUCCAAGUUGGUUUAUUGUUCGCUUCUAAAGCCACUGUGCAGCUAAUCACAAACCCUUUCAUAGGGCCAAUGACAAACAGAAUAGGCUACCAGAUUCCAAUGUUUGCUGGCUUCUGCAUCAUGUUUCUGUCAACAAUUAUGUUUGCCUUCUCGGGAAGCUAUACAUUGCUGUUCAUAGCAAGAUCUCUUCAAGGAGUGGGUUCCUCCUGUUCUUCUGUGGCUGGGAUGGGUAUGCUGGCCAGUGUUUAUACAAAUGAUGAAGAGAGAGGCAAUGCAAUGGGAAUUGCAUUAGGAGGACUGGCUAUGGGAGUAUUAGUGGGUCCACCUUUUGGGAGUGUGAUGUAUGAGUUUGUGGGAAAGACAGCGCCUUUCCUUGUGUUGGCAGCAUUAGCUCUGUUAGAUGGAGCUGUUCAGUUAUUUAUUCUACAACCAUCCAGAGCACAACCAGAAACUCAAAAAGGGACACCAUUACUGACCCUCUUGAGAGAUCCAUAUAUCAUUAUUGCGGCAGGAUCAAUCUGCUUUGCAAACAUGGCUAUUGCUAUGCUGGAACCAGCAUUGCCUAUCUGGAUGAUGGAGACCAUGUGUUCAAGAAAAUGGCAACUUGGCGUCGCUUUCCUUCCAGCUAGUAUCUCUUAUCUUAUUGGAACUAAUAUUUUUGGGGUACUUGCACACAAAAUGGGAAGGUGGCUUUGUGCUCUACUUGGGAUGAUAAUCGUGGGAAUAAGCAUUUUAUGUGUACCAUUUGCCAAAAACAUAUACGGGCUCAUAGCACCAAAUUUUGGGGUCGGGUUUGCCAUUGGAAUGGUGGAUUCCUCAAUGAUGCCAAUUAUGGGCUACCUUGUAGAUCUGCGUCAUGUUUCAGUCUAUGGCAGUGUGUAUGCAAUAGCUGAUGUUGCCUUCUGCAUGGGGUUUGCAUUAGGUCCCUCUGCUGGUGGUGCUAUUGCAAAGGCAAUUGGAUUUCCAUGGCUCAUGACAAUUAUAGGGAUUGUGGAUAUUCUCUUUGCUCCUCUAUGUUUUUUCCUUCGAAGUCCACCUGCCAAGGAAGAAAAAAUGGCAAUACUCAUGGAUCAUAACUGUCCCCUUAAAACAAAAAUGUAUACUCAGAACAACGUCCAGUCAUAUCCAGUAGGUGAUGAUGAAGAAUCUGAAAGUGAUGAAUAAUAUUAAAAGCCAUAUUGAGUAUUUUGGUGUACACAAUGCAGUGUUUCCUGUGAAACAUCUCAUACAGAAAUAUGUUUUAGGUGUACUGUACUUUUAAUGGUGAAAUAGUAAAAAAACCAAAGGUAUAUUAUUUAUUUCCCAUGGUUAUAACGCAGAUUGCCAACUGCCUUAUAAAGAGAAACUAGCUUUUAUAGGGGGUUUGUAUAGUGGUGAAAACUUUAUUUUAUGUAUUUAAUUUUAUUAAAUAUUAUACAGUAUAUUUUUGAUUAACUGUGUAGUUAAAUCUGUAUAAACAUUUGAAUCCAAACUAUAAUUUUCUAAAUCUUAUUCAUGGACAAUGACAUAAGAUUUCGUAGUUUGGACUCAUUAGUGGGUAAUGAGUUCUUGACAGUAAAAUGCUUCUAUUAAUUAUUCCUCUGAUUAAAAAAAUGUGAAGUUCAAAGAGUACACAACCUAUCCAACUCUCAGCUCUAUUAAAUGUACUGUGCUCUUUGAAGCACAUUCACAAGAGAUAAAGUCUAGUUGCUCAGCUCAGGGUCAUACAGUGCCAUCAAUUUUAGUUUCCUUGCAGAGCUCCCCAGAUGAUUUUAAAGGUGAGCUCUGCAUAAAAUUGAUGGCAUACUGAGACCUUACGGUAAGAAAAUAAAACUAUUUUUAAAAACAAAAAUUGUUUUCAGACAUAUCAGUGUAUUGCUAAAAAAGUUAAAACGUGUUUCUGAAGGAUGGGUACUGCUCUAACUCCAGUGACUCUCGCUGGCUCAUCCACUAAAGGGUAUUGUCACUAGCUUCAGAAGAAACUGUAGGUUUGCUCUCUCACACAGGAGAUACUAUGGUUUCCAUCUGAUGGAUGAAGGAACGCUGGGCAAGUUUCAAGUCAGGAACUCACUUUAGAUAUAUAGGGAUGAAUUGAAAGGCCAGUGUUUGUUGGCUAUUAAUCUAAAAUAGCACUAGGCCAACUAAGGAAACAAAAGACAAGGGUCAAAAUCUGUACGCACCCCCCCCCCUUUGGAGAUUACAGUUGUAUGAGAGUGAAAUUGGGUUAUAAAACUACAGCUGAUGUAAAUAUAGAUGUAGCUCCACUGAAAUCAAUUCAGCUAUGCCAAUUUAAACCAGCUGAGGAUCUGGCCAAGGACAUGUAAAUAUACAACAAAACCAAAGUUAAAACAUUGCCAUUACUUUUUUGCCCUGUAAUGUAGUAUUAGCUAACCAGACAGUCUUGGUGCUGAGAAAACUGGACAGAAGAGUAUUUGAUAUCUCCUGCUAAAAUUAUUUAUGUACAAGUGGGCUAUUAUACCUUCAAGAGAGUUAGAGCAGCAUGAAGCUUUGACAUUUACAAUUUUUAUAUUCAGAACUUUUAUUUUUGUCAUCUCAACUUUAUUUCAGGUACUACUUACACAUUCAUUUCAGGAUUUUUAUGAUUAGUUAAGAUCAUUGCAGUACCACAGUAUUUAUAUUUAACAUCUUACUUGCAGGACUCAACUUCGGUAGCUUUGACUAAAAACUUCUUUACAUUGAUUUGCCUACGUGUCUAGAAAUUUUGUUUGUAUGUUUCUUCUAUUUGAAAAUGAAGUCAAAUUAUAAAUCUAGUCAAAAUAAUGGAAAAGUAACAUAACUAGAGGUAUUGAUAAUGAGCUAUUUGAUGAGACUAAAUCUAAUGCAAUGAAAAUACUGCAUUAGACAAUCUACUUAUCUGAACUGAGAAAAAUCAAACUUCUAAAGUAAACACUCAACAAAAAACUGAAGUAUGUUUUUUAAUCUAGUGUUGUUUACAUGUAGUUUUUGUUUGUAAAUUAAAAUCUUUAUGUGCCUUCUUUCAUGUAUCAGCAGAUGUUUUAUGUACUACAGCAGAUACUCUAUGUUUACAUAUGGUUUUGUAAAGCGUACAUAGUAUGGUCAGAAAGUAUGGAAAUGCUGUGAAUCAAAUCUCAAGUAUUGCUUUGUUGAUAAUUAUGCAGUAAGACUACAUAAAAUAAAUAAUAAAAAAGUAA